AGAUAAUCCAAGUAAUGAAUCUCGUAGAGAUCCAUACCAUGAAGUAAUGGGAGAUGAUCGGCCAGGCCGCGUAAGACUACUUGGUGCAGGUGCUUCCCGCAAGAAGUUGAGCGAUAAAAGGACAAGUACUUCUCUCAUAUUACCUAAGGAGGUCAUGGAGUCCAUCAAAACUGCAGUAACAGCUGAUAUGCAGAAGGAUUUGAAUGCUGAAAAGGAAGAACUAGCAAGAGAAAAGGAAGCACAUGCCACACAAGUUGCUAAUAUGGAAAGAGUGUCAAAAGAACUUGAACUAGAGGCAACAAAGUUGCAGGAGAUGAGAAAGGAAUUUGAAGCUCAGAGAGAGUCAAUGAGUACUCUUGAUGUGAUUGCUUCAGCAUUAUCCCAACUUCGCCAAAAGGAUCUAAGUUUAACCCCAGAACUCAUUGCAAAAGUAAUUGUUUCUACUGCUACAAAUGGUGCAACAUAAUUUAUCGACACUAGAAGUCUCAUCUAUCAUGGUUGACUAAAGGAUGGUACAGAAUACACAAACUCUACGAGUUUCUCCAAAUUUGUGAAGAAUCAUUGGAUUUAUGUCUUGGGCACAUUAAAAUUAGGUAGACUUUGGAAUAUAAUAUAAUAAUGAGUUUUGAUUUGAUUUUUGGACAUUAGUUUUAGUUGAUGUAAUUAAAGAUAAUAGCGUUUGUUUGGAUGACUAAUGUAGAUUUUGGAAUAUAAUAUAAUAUAUUUAUUUUGAUAUA